AUGCAGUCUCCCUCACCAAGCAAAACGUCGUGGGACAGCUUGUCUAGCGAAAUCCGCCUUCUCAUCUUCCAAAAUUUGAUGCAAGAUGGCUCAACGCUAGCGUGCCUGGCCGCCGUAUCUCGAGCGUGGCAGACUGACAUCGAACGAUACAAUUUUGCUCGCAUCAGAUUGACUCCAUCGCGCCUCAUGGACUUUCGUUCCAUAAUCCCUCGCAAUCAAGCUACCGUCCGCUAUAUCUGGUUCUGCUUGGAACUGGAUGGCUAUAAUUGCACUCAGUGUGCUCCUAGGAAUGGAGCGCUCAAAGGAAAGGAGGUGGAAGUUGCGAUGACUGUUAGCGACACAGAACACUGUCCUAUUACCACGGCCUUUCAUGGUUUGUUCUCGACUCUCAGUGGAUGGGAUCAAGUCAGCGAAUUGAUGCUUGACAUUAGCAUUUACUCGCCCAGUGACGCUCAACAUUGGUUUCCCUAUCUAACCUUUAUGCCUGAUAACCUUUCCGAUAGGCUACAUGGCAGUGGCCUAGAGCCGGCCACAAUAAACCAAGGCUAUCAUGACCCUCCCCACGGCUGGGUUGAUGGUUUUCGACACUCAGCUCCACCUCGGGCAGCGGUCAAUAAAGUAUUCUAUCCUAUUAUGGAGGAGGGACCGUUUGGUAGCGAACAGUCAGAAAUCGAAUGGUGGAAUCAGCUUCCUUCAGCCUCCGCCGUCACGAGUAUACUUCUCCGGCAACAGAAUCGCCGUAGAUGGAAGCCAACCGCGCUGGCCCAUAUGUUUGCCUGUUUCCCCCGACUCCAGGAAGUCUAUUAUGAGCCAUGGAGGGAGUGGGACACUUUCCAGCGCCAUACAGAUAAGGAAUAUCUAUAUCUUUUCGAGUCGAUCCAACAUGGCCAUUAUCCUCUUAAAAGGUUGGUAGUCUUUGAGAACUUUAACCAACAGUACCCAGUAUUUAUGCAACGAUUUUAUCAAGGGGAGGAUUUGGCCUCGUGCGACAGUAUUCGUAACCCAUCCCCAGCUGUUAGCCGAACGAUUGCACUCACCAGCCUCCCGCUAGAGCAUCUCGCCGCCUCCUUCAUUAUAGAGGCUAGUCAUUUCUUCGACAUCGACCCCUCUUGGGAGUGGCCCAACCUAACCUCGCUGGUAUUGACUUCCCGACUCCUCAAGCCGGAAGAGGAUUCCACCAAGAUAGGCGCUCUGCUACAAACUGCGGCAGCGGCAGCUCUUAGAAUGCCACGGCUAGAAACCAUGGAGAUCUGGAACGGGCAAAAGGGACUGGCGGCGCUUUUCCAGUAUCGCGUGAACCGCGGUUCAAAGCAAGCCAAAAUUCUUUGGAGGGGCACAUGGAAAUAUCGCAUAACAACCUCUGUCCUUCAGGCUUGGGAAGUUGUCCGAGAUCUGCAUGCCACUUGGAGUCUCGAUGUGGUCCAGGAACAGGUGGAUAAAGCAGCCAUCCGGUCACAUGGCGAUGCCUUGCACCACCUAAUGCUCUCUGGUCAAGCCAUUCGGUCUGUCUCGUUGCAGCAGAUCCGGAGGGAACAAAAGUGUCUGGAGGGCGUGGAGACUUUGUCAUGA